CGCCUGCGGUCGCCAUGCCAUGCGGCUGUCCCGCGGUUGACAGGCUCUCGUUUGCGCGGCCGCGCGUCCCCGCGCAGCCGACGGCGGGCGAAAACACUCGUGGUCGUCUUUGACGCGCGUCGACGGACGGCGCCGCGACGUGUCGUGGUGCCGCGGAAGUGUUGAGCGCGCGUGUGUGUGCCGUUGCUCUGUGCGCGCGACGUGUCCGUGGUGAGGUCUUCUGGCGAGAGAGGACGGAGCCCGCGUCUCGACGACGGUUGGACGGUUGGAACACGGCGCGGUGGUUACGGUUCGAACAUGACGUCGAUGGGCCGACGCACCGGAGGACGCGUGUGACGGCACACGUUGAUGAGAAACGGCGAAACGUUACAUCCGAAGCCCCAUCAUGUUUUUCUUAGAAACGACGGCUGCUUCCGCCGGAGAGCCGAGGGAAGAGUCCUCGUUCGAUUCCGAGACGAGUUUACCCCUUACGGCGCUCGUUGCGGAAGAUGCGAUUUACAGAGGCGAAGGAAACGCCAAUAUCGUUAUCGCGCUGCCGCACGAGCACACGGUAAUACGAUUCCGGAAGUCGUUACCGGGCGAGGUUUCACCGGAUGGCGGCAGAACACGCGUGCAACGGGAGGUGGGGUACGCCAGGAACGUGGUUUCCUGUUUUUUGGGCUCUUACGUGCAGAUCCCCGAAAUUGUUCGUUACGACACGGCCGAUAUAGCCAAAUUGUCGAACGCCGUCCGCCCUCUCCGACCAGAGGAGCGACGGCAUAAGGAAAUUACGGACACGUACGCCACGAAGUUUUCGGAUUAUACUUUUUUGGAUUUGCAAUUGGAGCUCGAUGAAACCGUCUUCCGUAGCCGUUCGACUUUCUGCGUGGAGAUAAAACCGAAGCAGGGAUAUUUACCAGAGGCGGAGCAGAGGUUUCCUGGAUGCCCGUAUUGUCUCAAUCAGUACGCCAAGCUGCGGAGAAAGAGUAUUGCCGCUCGUAGUAAUUACUGUCCGUUCGAUCUGUUCUCCGGGGUGGAGACGCGCAUGAAAGCUGCCAUAGAAGAGCUGUUGAAAUCACCGCAGAACAAUUUGAAAAUUUUCAAGGAUGGCAUCGUCGUCUACGAUCAGACAUCUUCGUCAGAUGAUCUUGAGAACGUGCUAGACGAGUGGUUUCGGAAUGAGGCGACGGAGAGCGGCGAGCGAGCUCGCAACAUCGACGAAUUCUGCAAGUUGGUUUGUGCCGCUCUUAUGCGACCUGUCGCCCAAGAGCCGCUGAAACUAUCAGCCCUCUCACGUAAUUUUCUUCCUCCCCCGAAUCAAGUUUCAACGACAUUUUGUGCCGCACCACGCGCGGUCGUGAGAGCCGAAUGGUGUCUUCGCCACGCGGGAAAGAAGUGCAAUUUUGAUGGCAGCGAAUUACCAAAGAACUCGGUGCUGGAACGAAUGUGGAAUAUGCAGCGAUUGUCUUACGUGAAUAUUAAUUAUAUUUACAGCGUCUAUUCCAAGUUUGCAUCGGUAUUAAAUGACAAUAUGAUAUGCUCUGGCUGGACAAAAUUAAAUCAAACUUGUAAUAUUUUUCACGCUUCACUUGAUAAAUCUACGAAUGCAGUUCAGAAAAUGGAGACCACGAGGGAAAUAGACUUUCAAAUGCUUUUUAAGAGCACAAUUGCACAAGAAUGCAAUGAUGAUUUUAAUGGAAAUUGUAAUACCAGCUCAGAGUGUAUCUUAUCUACUAAUACCGACACAACGUUUGUAAAUAGCGAUCUUGUAUUGCAAACAGAAAUUAGUGCCAACCUAGAUUCGCACCAACCAUUUUAUAAAACCGAAAGUCUGUGUAACCAAAGAGCUAGCAACGAUGACGCCGAGCGAAAGGCAGAUAUGCAGAUUACUGUCGAACAUUUGUCAGCAUUACAAAAUUACCUUUUAUUUGUCACAGCCAGAGAUUGUUCGAUAUUAAUGACCUUCCGCGAAUUGCAUCCAGAAAAUGCAUCAAGAAUGCCUGUGGAAAAUACGAUAAAACUUUCAGAGCAACAUUAUUUUUUAAGCAGUGUCAGAGUCUCGGAUUUGGACUCGAAAAGCGUUCAUUCCAUUGAAAAACAUCGACGACGAGACGAGGAUAUUUUUGUUUCUACAAUUUCUUUGCUUGAAGAAGCUAUUCUUCUUACGAAUAGAUAAUUAAAUAGAUAAUAGAUAAUAAAUAAUAAAAAAGCAUUUGAGAAAGAAAAGUGAUGCUAGCAAUGAUACAGUAUUUUUAAUAUACGAUAAAAACUUUAUUUAGAAUAAAUGUGUGGACUUAAUUGACGAUGCGCUUACCGAUUAGCACAUCAUUUCUUAUAUCCAUAUGCAUAUGUAUGUGUGGUAUUCGUGAGACUGCGAGAAAGAUGUUGAUGCUGUCAUUCGUCAAUCAGUAUGUUAAAUUGACGAUUUCACUUCCGCAUGUAUAAUGUACAAAAUGAUGUGCAUACAAGUAAUUCAAUGAACAAACAUAUCUUUCAGAAUUCCAUUUAGCCUUUAUGGUUUUAAGAUUUACAGAUAAGUAAAGAUAGAGCAAAUGGAAUCAUGACUAAACUGCUUCAAAAAUUCAACGGCAAUUUAAUGACACCAACGAUUUCUAACACUUGGGGUCAUUUCGUUGUACCUCACCUUCGAAAACGUCCGCGAAGUUCCAGGAUCAGAGAUAUUGUAGUGAAGCGACCUGCUAGGAGACGGCGAGGUUUGAAUCGGAGUGUGGAGACAUCAAACUCAAUAUUUUUAUUUUUACGUUUCCAAUGAACAUAUUCUUGAGUCAUUAGUACUUUAAAUAAUAAUCUCCUGACCGGCCGCUUUACUACAGUGUCUCUGAUCAGGUUAAAUUUUUAAAGCAAUUUAGUCAUAGUUCUUUAAUGUCACAAAAUGUUUAGAUAGAAAUUUGUUUGUAAGUAAUGUUCAAAUUAUAUUUAAUAGUGUCAUAUUUCGAUUGCACUAAUUUUUCAACGAAAUAAGAGAUUUACAUUGACAGAAUGCAAAAAUGUUAUACGUAGCAUUGUGAAUAUAAUUUUCGAUUUAAAAUAUAGCAACUAUUUCGCUGCGUAAGCAUCUCGCGUUCAAAGACUGACUUAUAUAAAAAUAAAAUUAGCUCGUUAUUUAACUGUAUACUGGUAAAUUGAAGCUUGUCUUGAUGUUGGUGAUUAGAUUAAAUAAGAAUUGGAAAAACAAAUUUUCUACCAAGUGCACAGCAUGUAGCACAAAUUUGUAAUUUAUUUAUAUCUUAUGAUAAAAGACUGUAAAUAAUUUGUUAUUUGUCAUAAAAAUA